AUGACUCUUAAUACACCAUUAUCAUCAACGAGAGAUCGAUUACCUCUAAAAUCUCACCGUAGAACUAGCAUAGCUGCGGUUCCGCAGGCAGUUUAUCUCGGUUUAGAAUUAGAUUACAAAUUCUGUAAUGGUGAAAGGGCCAAUUAUGCUAUUUGUACUCAUGAUGGCAAUUACGCUAUUGACUAUGAAUUCUCGUCAGUUGAUGUAUCCGAUCACUUUGAUCCCGAUAAACCCAUGGAUCGUAAACGCGUCGCGAAAGUUAUUCAAAUAAUCCUUGAUAAUAUCACAUUAUAUGCCACUUCGCAAAAUUAUAAAAUACAAGCAAUUGGACUUGGCGCUCAUUUAGAGAAUGGCGAGGAUUUUCGUAAACUUUUAUUUUCCUCUCCUAGCCUGGCUUCUCGUAUUUGGUUAGAGUUCGAUGCUUUGCCAUUUAUCAUUAAAACAAAGGGUAAAACUGUCGAUGAACGUGCUAGUUCUGCCGUUAGAAAGGCAGUAGUCUGGUUGAGUCCACAAGCUCCUGGAUCGAUUCCAAGGAUAUCUGUUGGAUUCAGACAUGAAGUUGAAGUUGAUCUAAACGGAAUGAUUAAAUUGGUGGAUUUGGUGCAUUACGAAAAAACCGUACACCCGGCAACCUGGAAAGUACUCCUAAGUAUCGCUGAAGAAAUUAAAGGAAGGAAAAUAAAGGCAUCAUUCUUCAAUGCAACGCCUCAAGGUGGUGGAGUUGCUCUUAUGCGUCACGCGCUUAUCCGUCUAUGUAACCUUUUGGGCCUCGAUAUUCAUUGGUUUGUCACUAAGCCGAAACCUGACAUUUUUGAUAUAACAAAAAGAAAGUUCCAUAAUGUAUUACAGGGUGUUGCAGCUCCAGACGUUCGUCUAACUGAACAAGACAAACAAAUGUUCAUUUCCUGGUCGAAUGAUAAUGCCGAGCGUUUCUGGGAUGAUGACGAAGGCCCAAUUAAAACCAGUGAUGUGAUAAUCAUUGAUGAUCCACAAGUUUGUGGUAUCAUUCCAUAUAUCAAGAAACUCAAUCCGACCUGCAAGAUCAUUUAUAGAAGUCAUAUCGAAAUUUGUGCUGAUUUAAUCCGGCAGGAUCCAACGGGACCACAAGCUGACACGUGGAAUUUUCUUUGGGAAUUUAUUUCUCACGCUGAUCUGUUUGUUUCUCACCCUAUGCCCAAUUUUGUUCCGGACAAUGUCCCUAAUGAAAAGGUGGUUCUUCUUCCUGCUUGUACAGAUCCAUUAGAUGGUUUAAACAAAGAUCUAAGACAUGUUGAUUUAUCUUAUUACAAAUUGGUUUACAAUCGAUUGUCAUUAGAUCAAUGUGGUGUUAAAAUUGAUUUUCAACGACCUUACAUUGUUCAAGUAGCUAGGUUCGAUCCAAGUAAAGGUAUCCCUCUGUUGAUUCAUUCCUUUAAGCUCUUCCGUGAUAAGCUUAAAGAAGCCGGUUGGACUCCAGAAAGGAUGCCUUCUCUCGUAAUUUGUGGCGCUGGCAGUAUUGACGACCCGGAUGGCACUCCAAUUUACGAACAAACUCAUACAUUAUUGUUGCAACCUGAAUACGAAGAUAUCGAAAGCGACGUUUCAGUAGUGCGUCUCCCCCCAUGUGAUCAGAUCUUCAAUGCUAUCCUGAGGUGUGCUCAUGUAGCAUUACAAUUAAGUACAAGGGAAGGAUUCGAGGUUAAGGUUACAGAGGCUUUAGCGAAAGGAGUUCCCGUCGUAGCAUUCAAAGCGGGAGGGAUACCGCUUCAGAUUAGACAUGGGGAGACGGGGUUCUUGGCAGAUAUUGGUAAUACCGAGCAAGUUGCGGAUUAUUUGUUUACCUUGUUUGAUGAUCAAGAACUAUAUCAAAGGAUGUCACGGAGAGCAAAGGAGACUUUAAACGAACAAUACUUCACAGUCUUUCAGACUCUUAAUUGGUUAUAUUUGAUUAACCGAUUUGCUAAAGAAAGACGUAGAGAGAGGGGUGAGGACGUUGAAAUCGAUGAAAGUGUCCCUUGCGGUGGCUCAAAAUGGGUCAAAGACAUUUGGGCAGAAGAAUAUAAUUAUAAAGAAACAAUGAGACAACUUGGGGCUUCGGAGAUUGAUGGAAUGAGUCUUGAUGAGAUGGUUUCUCACCCUAUAGAUAGUACCAGUAACAGAGCAUAG